ACAGAAGAUGAAAAGGAAGAAAGUCUUCACUCAAAACACUAGUAGUAGGAGCAGUAUAAAAAGGAAAGGAAACCCGAUCAAGAAAUCACCUUUACAAAGUCAUACUGAACAUACGGGCUCUAACCUCAAAGAAUGUCGAUCGCGAUACCAUGUCGUCAGCUCUUCAUCGAUGGUGAAUGGAGAGAGCCUGUCAAGAAGAAACGCAUCCCCGUCAUCAAUCCCUCCACUGAACAGAUCAUAGGGGAUAUUCCGGCUGCUACUCCGGAAGAUGUUGAGAUUGCGGUAGAUGCUGCCCGGAGAGCCCUUACUCGAAACAAGGGCAGGGAUUGGGCAUCGGCAUCUGGGGCACAUCGGGCAAAGUACUUGCGUGCUAUUGCUGCCAAGAUAACACUCAGAAAAUCUGAACUUGCAAAACUUGAAGCAAUUGACUGUGGAAAACCCCUGGAUGAAGCCGCAUGGGAUAUAGAUGAUGUUGCUGGAUGUUUUGAGUACUACGCAGACCUUGCUGAAGGCUUGGAUGCAAAGCAAAAGGCUCCUGUUUCUCUUCCAAUGGAGACAUUCAAGUGUCAUGUUCUAAAGGAACCGAUUGGUGUUGUUGGCCUAAUCACUCCAUGGAACUACCCUCUACUGAUGGCUACUUGGAAAGUUGCUCCUGCACUGGCUGCUGGGUGUGCUGCAAUCCUCAAGCCAUCUGAGUUGGCAUCAGUUACCUGCUUGGAGUUGGCAGAAGUGUGUAAAGAGGUGGGACUUCCUCCCGGUGUCCUUAAUAUUCUGACUGGAUUAGGCCCCGAAGCUGGUGCUCCUCUGGCAUCCCAUCCUCAUGUUGACAAGAUUGCAUUCACUGGAAGCACAGCAACUGGAAGCAAGAUCAUGACUGCUGCAGCCCAAAUUGUGAAGCCGGUCACACUUGAACUCGGUGGGAAAAGCCCCAUUCUUGUGUUUGAGGAUGUCGACCUCGAUAAGGCUGCUGAAUGGACUAUUUUUGGCGUCUUUUGGACAAAUGGUCAGAUCUGCAGUGCAACUUCUCGGCUUCUAGUGCAAGAAAGCAUUGCAACAGAAUUUUUGGACAGGCUUGUGAAAUGGUGCAAGAACAUUAAGAUUUCAGACCCUAUGGAAGAAGGUUGCAGGCUUGGCCCUGUUGUUAGUGCAGGACAGCAUGAGAAGGUAAUGAAGUUCAUCUCGACGGCCAAGAGUGAAGGUGCAACCAUCUUGUGUGGUGGGGCUCGUCCUCAGCAUUUGAAGAAGGGAUACUUUGUUGAGCCAACGAUCAUCACUGAUGUAACAACCUCCAUGCAAAUUUGGAGAGAGGAAGUCUUUGGACCUGUUCUCUGCGUUAAAACAUUUAGCACUGAAGAUGAAGCCAUUGAACUGGCAAAUGACACCCAGUAUGGCCUGGGUGCUGCUGUGAUAUCAAAAGAUCUUGACAGGUGUGAGCGGGUGACGAAGGCUCUUCAGGCUGGCAUCGUCUGGGUCAACUGCUCACAGCCUUGCUUCUCUCAAGCUCCAUGGGGGGGCAAUAAGCGCAGUGGUUUCGGGCGUGAAUUAGGAGAAUGGGGACUUGAGAACUACUUGAGUGUGAAGCAGGUCACGCAGUACAUCUCUGAUGAUCCAUGGGGGUGGUAUCAGUCUCCUUCAAAGCUUUGAAGACACCUCAAGAAGCCGAAUUGAGAUAAUUCCAUUGUACAACAUUAGCUGAAGGGCCGAGCGUCCAAAACCUCUUAACGGCUUUAGGAAGUAAAAGAAUAAUAACUGAGUUAUAUCGUGUAAAUUAGCGAGGGCAGUUUGAUUCCACUGUUUAUCACGGUCUUGGAUCUACUUGGUGGAACCUUAAAGCUAGUCUUGGAUUAUCAGACAUUGCGUGACGUUUUCCCUGGAAUAAGACUUUGGCCUUUUAAACUGGUUUAAGGAGCACAGGCCUUUUCUGGGAUUAAAGGUGUUGUAUUAUUGCUGCAAACCUUCAUCUGUGUUCAUUAUGUUUGCUAGUUUUCUUGUCUUCUUUUGUCUUCAAUGAAACUUAAAUUCCUAAUAA